AUGGAGGCGGCCCCCGGAGGGUCCCCGCGCCCCGCAGCCCAGGCGCCCGCGUCCCAGCCCGAGCCCCGCGCCCCGGAGCCCCGCGCCCCGGAGCCCCGCGCCCCGGAGCCCCGCUCGGACAGAAGAGCCGGCCGCCUGUCAUUCUGUACGAAGGUUUGCUAUGGCAUUGGCGGGGUCCCCAACCAGGUGGCCUCCAGCGCCACAGCCUUUUACCUGCAGCUCUUCCUGCUCGAUGUGGCCCAGAUCCCUGCUGCCCAGGUGUCACUGGUCCUGCUUGGAGGGAAGGUGUCUGGGGCAGCUGCUGACCCCGUGGCUGGGUUCCUUAUCAGCAGAAGCAGGAGGACAGGGUCUGGACGACUCAUGCCCUGGGUGCUGGGCUGCAUGCCCUUCAUCGCCUUGGCUUACUUCUUCCUGUGGUACCUGCCCCCCUUCACCAACCUCCGGGGCCUUUGGUACAUGGCCUUCUACUGCCUGUUCCAGGCUGUGUCCACGUUCUUCCAGGUGCCCUACACGGCGCUCACCAUGCUGCUGACGCCCAGCCCCCGGGAGCGGGACUCGGCCACCGCCUACCGGAUGACCCUGGAGAUGGCGGGGACACUGCUGGGAGCCGCCGCCCACGGGCUCAUCGUGGCCGGGGCCCACGGCCCCCACCGGUGCGAGGACGCCGAGUUCCCGGGGCCCGGAGCCGUCCCCCCCAACGCGACCUGUCUCUACUCCAUUGCAGCGGCCGUGGUUGCUGUGACCUACCCCGUGUGCAGUGGUUUCCUCUGCUUGGGGGUGAAGGAGCGGCCAGACCCCUCGGCCCCCGCCUCCAGCCGGGGCAUGAGCUUCCUGGCCGGGCUGGGCCUCACGGUGCGGCACCCGCCCUACCUCAAGCUGGUGAUCUGCUUCCUGUUCAUCUCAGCAGCUGUCCAGGUGGAGCAGAGCUACCUGGUCCUGUUCUGUACACACGCCUCCGAGCUCCAUGACCACGUGCAGAGCCUGGUGCUGACCAUCCUGGUCUCGGCCGUCCUGAGCACGCCCCUGUGGGAGUGGUUCCUGCAGCGCUUCGGGAAGAGGGUGUCAGCCUUCGGGAUCACUGUGAUGGUGCCCUUUGUCAUCCUGCUGGCGGCUGUGCCCACGGCCCCCGUGGCCUACGUCGUGGCCUUUGUGUCUGGCGUGAGCAUCGCUGUGUCCUUGCUGCUGCCCUGGUCCAUGCUCCCAGACGUGGUGGAUGACUUCCAGCUGCAGCACCAGCACGGGCCCGGCAUAGAGACCAUCUUCUACUCCUCCUACGUCUUCUUCACCAAGCUCUCGGGCGCGGGCGCCCUGGGCAUCUCCACGCUCAGCCUCGAGUUUGCGGGGUACAAGGCGGGAGCCUGCCAGCAGGCAGAGCAGGUGGUGGUGACCCUCAAGGUCCUCAUCGGGGCCGUGCCCACCUGCAUGAUCCUCACCGGGCUUUGCAUCCUCAUGGUCGGCCCCGGCCCAAAGGUGCCAAGCCAGGACGCCGCUCGCCAGCUGAGCCUUCGGAGGAGGACCAGCUACAGCCUUGCGGCGAGUUAG